AUGGAUUUAAGAUAUGAUAGUGCGCUGUUGGGCAUUUUACAAAGUGAAGGCAAUAUUGAAAAGUUCGUCGACGUUAUGUUUGGUUUUCUUAUGCGAAGAACUGAUUUCUUUUACGAAUUUCAACCUGGGGGAAAACUUGGUUUUCCAAAGGGCGUUGCAUUAAAAAUUAUCCUCAAGGCUUUCGACAAAUAUGAUACAUUCUUUAAAGAAUAUCAAGAAAAGAAUUCUUCAGUCAGAGCUACUGAGCCACAAUCUGUUGCUGAAGAAAAAUCGGAAACGAAACCCAAAGCGAAAAUACCAAGCACAAGUGAAGCUAAACAAAAGUCUGACAUAACAGUUGAUUCGAAAGGUAAGCCGCUGUUUUUUCUUAUGCCACAUAAAGAUUCAGAAGUGCCUAAUAAGUCUAAAUCAAAUUUGUCCGAGCCUAAUUCUGAUUUACAAACCGGUGAUAAUUCCACAGAGUCUGAAAAGAAAGUCGUUAGAUCAUCCCCUGGGACAUUAUUUAAGAAAGAAGCAAACGGCGAGCGCUUGUAUGAGGCUGAACCGGACUGCUACAAUGGAGCUCGAAGAGCUAAUUAUUCAUGGAGUCAAAAACAUCGAGAAAUUGAUAUUCAAGUUAAAAUUCCAGAGCACAUCAAAUCUGCUAAACAAUUAACCGUAAAGAUUGCAAAGAAGCACAUAACAAUCUUUGAAAAUGGCGUUCAAGGGUAUAUUAUAAAUUCUAAUCUCUCCAUGGAUAUUAAGACCGAAACUGCUCAAUGGUCGUUCGAAGCUGAUGAACACCUGCUGACAAUAUCGCUGGACAAAGUUCGUGAGCACUGGUGGGAUUCUGCUUUUGAAGAUGAGGAGAAAAUCAAUGUCCAAGAAAUCGAUUGCUCUCAACCCAUUCAUGAGCUGGACGAGGAGGCCCAAGGCAAGAUUGCCCAACUCCUUUUUGAUCAGGAGCAGAAACGAAGGGGUCUUCCUACCUCAGAAGAACAGCGGAUCCAAAAUAUGCUAAAACAGGCGUGGAAUCGGGAUGAUUCACCCUUUAAAGGUCAACCCUUCGAUCCCAAUAGCCUCAAGGUGGAAAAGUAG